AUGCUUCGUCGCGCGCGCGCUGCUGACAACGAAGAUUACCGAAUGUCUGCAAGCAUGGACACCGAUGACGAAAAUACAUCUGAAGAGGAACAUAUAAGAUGUGAUGUAGAUAGAGUGGUACGGGGGCAGGGAGGCAGAGGUCAAAGAAGAGUAAGGAGAGCAGGACGCAUGACCAGAGGUAGAGGGUUGACAACGCGUCGAAGUCGUGGACGUGGUGGACAAGAUCAGACCCCCAACAGAGCUGAAAUAGCAGCAACUGCCAGAGUAGAAAGAUCCACAGAAUUGAAGGAGCGCAUUAAUAACCUUCCAGAAGAAAACGUGCGAGAGCUGCUCUUUGAUGUCACCAAAAAGUAUCCAGCUUUAGUGUUUGAUAUUCUUGAGGCAGGAAGCAGGACUAGGGUGCAGCAAGGAUAUCACCCAUCGCCCGACCAGGGAAGCCCAAACUGGUGUUCCUGCAGGAAUUGCAGAGAAAUGCCAACCGAAGCAGAACGGCUAUGCUGUGGACAAUUGCCAGAGAACUGCUUCUCCAGGAUCCGAGAUUUUGACCUUGUAGUUCUAGAUGAGUUGAUCCUUCAUGUUGCCAGAACAUAUAGGCAAGAUGUCCUGGCAGUUCCAAAUGACAACGAUUGGAACAGGGGUAACCGUCAUACUGCCUACAGGCAAUACAUUCUCUGGCAGCAUGGCCGACUUGGUGCUGGGAAUCGUCGAGUGAUUCCAAGCUGUUGCGUGUGGAGGAUUAGAGAUACUUUUCCUGAUCCUUUUGGACAAUAUUCAGGGUUUGUGCAUGGCAGACUAGCAUAGCAGUCCCUACCAACUCCAUACUUUUAAAAU